CCCCUCUUUGGAAGAGGCAGCAGAGGUGGUACCCUGGGGCUCAGAGUGGGAGAUGCUGCUGAAGGAAAUGCCUGGCAGAGUUUCUGAGAAGGUGUCAUCAGGGUGAAGAUGAGUGUGGUGGGCAUCUUGGGGGGCUUUAGCUUUCACCAGAGCUCCAGGAACUGACCUCAAGCUGCCUGGGGAAGGAGUCCCCAGCACUGGAAGGAGCUUGCAGAGGGUUUUGGUGCCAGCAGGGAAUGGUGCCAACUGGGGCAAAAGCAGCUGCAGGUCGGGACAGGCAGAAGGAGCCUCGGAGCUGCGCAGACCUGGGCACCCCAUCCUGCAGCACGUAAAUAAAUCUGUGCUGAAGCUUCCCUUCCAAAACACUUUCUGCCUGUCUUCACAACCUCCUUCCUUUGCAGGCAGCAAACUUUUGGCCUCUGGGAAGCUGUGGUGAAAUGCAAGUCCCUACCUGUCCUAGCCCAGGCUGUGUUUUCAGAGCCGAGGAGGAGCCCGCUCCUACCCCGAGCUGCGGGAUCCCUGCACAAACCACCUGAGAGAAGAAACCUGUUGUGGGUGACGCGUUCCUGGGCGCAAACGCCCAGCCGGGGACGUAAUUAUUGUGUGCAAGGCUCGGGUCAGGGCUCGGCUCGGCUGCUCCGGUGUCAGCGAGCAGCUAUGCGGCAGAACAGGAUGUCGGAUUAAGGAGUCUCCGGCGAAACCCGUGCCGAGGACAGCAGAGGACAGCAGGGAAGUGAGGGAGCUGGGUGGUACCGAGCAGAGCUGCCCGCAGCUCCCGGGCACUGCCAGCUCACACCCAGCGCUGGCAGCGCAGCAGCCACGACCCAGCGCUCUGGGGCAUGGCACGGACGGGUUUUAGGGGCUCAGCCACGCCGUGACCCCAGCCUGGAGCAGGAGGAAAGGUGCCUUGCAGGGCUGCAGGAUGAAUUUCGCUCGCCCUGGCUGCAGGUGAGGGGCCAGGGAUCGCCUGUCAGGACGUACCUGCGAGCAGCCACGGGCCCGGCACAGCCUUAUCUGCAGCGGGAGCAGAGUUAAUGUGUAACCUGGCUGUGUUUGCUUAGCCCAGAAAAGCAAAGAAGUCCUGGGACAGGCACGGCUGGGACAAGGAAUUGGGCAGCACGGAACGACGGACGGCCUGCCACCAGGGCAGCCCGUGCUAUGCCUAGGAAGGAGCUGGGGAUGGCUGGCUGCAGCUCCGGCAGCUGUGACAGCAUGGUCAGCACGGCUUCCGACCACUCACAGCGGAGUGACAACAGCUAUGACUAUUUAUCUGUGGAAGAGAAAGAGUGUUUGAUGUUCCUAGAAGAAACCAUUGGCUCCCUGGAUGCAGAGGGAGACAGCGGCGUCUCCACGGACGACACCGACUAUGGGGAGCCCUCCAAGCCUAGGAAGGGCCCUGUGCCCCGGGAUUUGGGCAAUGGGGCUCCAAGCAGAGAUCAGCAGUGUGGGGCUGAACAGAGGAGUGGUAAAAGCGUCUCUGCCUCCUCCAGCUCGGCUCCAGCAGCUGCUCUAAGCCCAGGUUAUUCCAGUCUCCCGAGGAACAACCCUGCAGCAAAUGGAGCUUCUGGCAGCAAAGGAAGUGUCCACACAGUGCCAGCAGGAAAACCUGCACAGGAGGUGCCCAAGGAGGGCAGGCUGGACCAAGCCAACACAGGAAGCCACACGAAGUCCAUGAUCAUCCAACCGCCAGACCCCUUCCAGGAUGACCUGGAGUGGUCACGCAGCCCUCGCUCAGAUGCCAAAGGGGAGGCGGCCAAGGAGACCAAGACUUGGACUUCGUGGGGCCACGUGGGGAAAUCCACAUUGGAGGAGGCCCCUCAGGACCACGAUGCCAAGCGUGGGCCUCCAACUGCCCCCAAACCACGGAAAUUGCCACCAAACAUCAUCCUGAAAACCAGCAGGAACAGCCCCGUGCCGCUGGCCACGGAGCACAACCAGAAGGUAAAAGCAGCACCUCCACCCUCAGCCGCCUCUCACCCCAGCCCUGCCAGCGACAGCACUGCUGAAAAGGGGAAUUCUGGGCACCUCGACCCCAAGGAGAAGGAGAAAGCCCGACGGGAAGCACUGGAGAAGCUGGGACUGUCCCAGGACAGGAGGGAGCCCAGCGCCCACCUCCAUCCCCACCCCAGCGAGACGCCGCUCCCCAUCCCUGGGCAGCCUGCGGAGGGCUCCGUGCCGGGGAUCCGGCAGAUGGCCUUCAAAUCCAACACCCUGGAGCGCUCCGGGGUGGGGCUGGGCAGCUCCAUCAGCAGCACCAAGGAGCAGAAUGCCAAGAGCAGCAGCAGCUCCCUGGGCAAGAUGUCCUUCAUCGAGCGCCUGGCCCCCAGCUUCCUCCGCAGCGGCCGCCCCCGGCCCGCCUCCCUCGGGGCAGGGAAGGACUUUACCGGCCUGAAGGAGCAGGAGGAGCAGGACAAGAGCAGCAAGAGGAGAUCCCACCCUCUGCCCAGCUUCCCCAGGCCGCCCCGCUCCGCUGUGAGCGUGAAGAUCUCCCCAAAGGGCGCGGCCGACGAGAACCGGCGCGAGGCGCUCAAGAAGUUGGGGCUGCUGAAGGAAUAGCUCACGGGGCUGGUGGAAAAGGGGCUUUUCACCCCAAAUCCAGCGGCCUUCACUGCCUGGCCUCGGCCAUGAGCAUUUUCUGCUGCCACCUCCUGCCCCAGAACCUUGGGAGUGCUGUGGGAGCUUCACGCCAAAUAAAGGAGCGCCGCGUGUACAGAGUAUUUUGUAUAGAGCAGAUGUAUAUGAGCUAUUUAUACAAAGCAUCUCUCAGCAUGGACGGGGUGGAGUCUCCUGCAAGGGCUUUAAUGCAUUUGGGGAUUCAUCAAAACAGGGAAGCCAUGGAAUUAGGGAUUUGGCGUAUUUUCAAAGGGGUUGCCUGUGGAUAAAGCGUCUCUGGGAAGAACUGCCGGACUUUGCUGCUCCUUUAGGACUUUUUUGGGGGUUUUUUUUAUUAAUUUUAUCACAGCCUCUGAGGCCUGAGCACUCACCUGCCACAUGAAACUGCCUCCCAAAACCACCACUGCCUGCUGGAGGGGCUGGAGGGCUGCACAGACAUCCCACUGCUUCCUGUGCCAUGCUCUGCUCUCCCAUCCAGCCCUGACCACCCGAAUCCAGCAGCUGGAAGACUUUGAACUGCAGGGAGGGGACAGCUAAGGAGGCAAGAGGCUGUGCUGGUGUCAGAUCCAGGAGUGCUGCCAAAAUGGGACAGAUGCAAAGCUGGGACAGCCCCAACUCCUUCCCUUCUGAGCUGUCCUGGCACCUCUCAGGCCCGGCUGAUGCUGCCAACACCUCACUGCUCACCUUGGGGAACAGAGGUGGUUUGUGUUCCUAAUAAACCCGUGUGUGAUCAGAAA